AUGAAAUGUUUUUUACUUGAAAUAAAUCAAAAUGAGAACUUCAAUCACUUCUUACGAGAAUGUUAUAUCAAUAGUCAACUUCGAACUAUAAUUAAUCACGAUAAUGAUCUUGAACCACGUGGAUUAUCUUUUAUAUCGGAUCAUCCACCUUUAAUGUAUUCAACAUUAAUUCAAGCAUGUCUUAUAUGUGCAGCAUUAAUUCGCUCCAAAUCUUUAAGUCAAUUAUCUAUUUCUCAAUCAUCACGAAAAAAAAAACAAAAGAUGGCCAAUCAUGAAAUUGAACAAAUAACUACAAAUGGAACAUCAGACAACAAACGUUCAAAACCUAAAAGAGAAAUUAAUCAUAAUAAUGACUAUUCUUAUAUAUCUGAUUAUUUACAAGUAACCAAUCGUAUAUUUAAACAAAUGCUAAUCAGUUCAUUAGAAGGUGCUGAUAAAAUUGUUAAACGAUAA